UGAGGCGAUGCUGCGCCCGGGCCACAGACAGAGCGCUCUCCAGUCCAGACGCGGCUCCAUUACCUCAGUCUUACGCUCAUGAUUUACCUUGAUCAGCUUACGUGACCGGGACUAUUUUCUCCUCUUAAUUCUUCUUUGUGCAGGGAACUACAGCAACAAGUAAAGCGCGGCAGAAUAUCAGAAAACCCCGUGAACGUGUGGACAGUUGCGGCUCAACUCCACUUGUUGAUGUUGAGGCAUUUCGUGCGUAAUUUGGUUCAAACGAAUGCGCCACGGAAGGAAGAAGUAAGUUGAAGGUGCUUGCGUUUGGCUGGAAGGUGCUGGUGAUGUCUGAUGAGUAGGAACUUGUGUUUUCGGCUCGUAUUACACGCUCACACACUGGGCUGCCGCAGGUGGAGAGAGCCGUGAGCGCGCUGGAGGAGACGGAGGAAGCGCUAUGGGUAACCAGAUGGACAAGUUGUCUCAUUUAAGUUACGCUGAAGUUCCCACGGUGGACCCCAACGGCGUGGACACUGAGGACGGACCGCGGAUUGGCGUUUCUUAUAUCUUUUCCAACGAUGACGACGAGCUGGAGGAAGGCAGCGCUGUGGACGGCUCACAGACCGACCCAAACCAGGAAGAGAAGCAGUUCAACCCGGGGGACGAGGUGGAGUGCGCCGUGUACAACAGGGGCGAGUGCAUCUACGAGAAGAGCGCCAAAUCCACCAGCCUGAACGUGUACUCCCCGGAGAACCUGCUGAAUAAGUGCAAAGCGGGGGACUUGGUGGAAUUUGUGACCACGGGGCAGUAUCCGCACUGGGCCGUGUACGUGGGGGACUUUCAGGUGGUGCACUUACACAGAGCGGAGGUCAAAAACAGCUUUCUGACUGAUGCGAGUCAAGGGAGACGAUGCAGGAUUGUGAACGACUUUUAUAAAUUGAAACCUCUUGGAGCGGAUAUGGUGGUGCAAAACGCCAUGGAGCAGGUGGGACUCAAGGACCGGGAGUUGAGUUGGAGGAAUUCUGAGUGCUUUGCGGCAUGGUGCAGGUUUGGAAAGAGGGAAUUUAAAAUGGGAGGAGAGAUACGCAUAGGUAAACAGCCAUACAGGUUAAAAAUCUUUGUUUCGGACAAACACUCGCACGUGCUGGAGUUUCAGAGCCUCGAGGACAUGGUCAUGGAGAAGCGCAGGAACGACCAUCUGGGCAGGACAGCCGUGUUACAGGAGCUGGCGGGGCACCUGAACAGCGUGGAGGAGGUAGAGAGAGAGGCCGCUAAUGACGCGCACUGACCCACAGCCAAAUGAGCGCAUUCACCACCUGCUCUUUAAUCUGUAGCAAACUGUCCAAAGUGAUGUUGUUUUCAUAUGAAUGUCUUUUUAUUGCCUUAAAGCACCAUCAUAACCGUGGUUCUCAAACAGAUAGCCUAAUUCAUAUUUGUUUAGCCUUGUUUAUUACACUUGUACACCUAUGGAGGUUGGUUAAAACAACUAAAUGCAUCAAAAAGUGGCAUUACUGCACAAAAACUUAUAUUAAACACCGCAAAACCAGGUUAAACUGGAAUAAAAUCAAGAUAUAGGAGUGGGCUGGACAUCUGACCUCACCAAGAGAAGAGAAAAUGAAUAAAAAUUGGUCAAAAUCAAACAAUGAGCCUGAAGAAACCCUGACUGGUUCUGUUUGAAACCCACUGUUCUUAUGUAACAUGACCACAGUUACAUGGAAUUGGAGAGAAAAUUAAACCAUUGAACUAAUUAGUCACCUCUUCUUUCACUUACUAGGAGUCACUUCCACACUGGCAUAGCUCUUUAAGCCCGGUGGUGUCUAGAGGUUUGAGGCUUGUGACUCCCUUCUCCUUAUUCAAACAACACUGUUAUAGCUGUUCAAUAAAUGCAACCUGCUCACAUGUCUGAAAAGAGGAUUCUGAGUAAUUUCAAGUGUGUUUGGCUAUAAUGUAAAUAUGUUAUUGGUAAUGAUAGGGGCAAAACAAACACCAGUCACCAGCUCACAGGGAAAGACUAUUGAAAACAGAUGAAUUAGCAGAAGGGCCAUUUUGAUGACAAACCUUUUACACAAGCCCCCAAUUACUCUUUCAUAAUAAACACACAGCUCAGGCCAUCUGCCUGCAUUAAACAGAAACAAAGGCUCAGACUCUGUUAAACUGCCCAUUAUAAACAUACAUUAUAGCCUAUUGGUGCACAUACAUUUAG